GAAUGGGUCGUUAUCUAGGUAUGCAGAAACCUCUGCAGGAGUAGUAGCAUUAAUCCUUUUUAAAGUAGUUGGUGGUUUCAUGCUAAUUAUUUCAAAUGAUUUAAAGGUGUUUACAGAUUUUAGGCUGAGGUUGAAGCUAGCUUCAUAUAUCAUAGCAACACCACCACCUUUCUUUGAUACACGAGGGAUGUGUGAGUACGCAAAAUCCGGAGGCGAUGCUUCAUUCAGGGGGGAAUAAUCGUCAGGUUUUAACCAGGUUUCGGUGAGUCCAAUCAAGUCCAGGCUGCAUUCAGACAUCAGAUCAUUAAUCAAAACGGCCUUUGUGGAUAGAGAUCUGAUGUUUAGGAGCCCGACAUUCCAGUAUGGGUUUUUGGCAGCUUUAGAUGUAGAUAAUUCUUCUGAAAAGGUGGCACUGUCAUCAGAAAACUUAAUAGGAAGAGCAAUGGGGGAGCAAGGCUGAAUACAUAUUAAAUUGGUAUAAUUCCUAAUAAUUGAAGGCCGAAAUUUAGAAAGAGGGCGGGGGACCGACACCGUCUCAAUGGGAAAAACGACAUCAGCAACCACACUGGCUACACUACAAGCUAGGCUAUCGGGUCCCCAACAGCUCACAACAUACCUAUCAGACUCUCUGAGACUGUGGCCCGGCUUGUUCUAGUGAGUGUCAGGCCUGCUCUAAAAUAGCUUCAAUAUUCCUAGACAAUAGAAAAGCACCUCUCCAGCUCGGAUGGAGCCCGUCACUUUUCAACAAGCCAGGUUUGGCCCAGAAACAAGACCAAUUAUCUACAAAUCCUAAACCCUGUUCUGAGCAGAAACAAGCCAACCAACAGUUAAGAGAGACAAGUCUGCUGUAGAUAUCGUCAGUCCCCCUAACAGGUAGUGGGCCAGAGACUAUUACUUGAUGCCGACACAUCUUUUGAGCAAGGUCACAUGCCCGAGCUAUAUUAACCUUUGUGACCUCUGACCGCCUCAGCCUAACAUCAUUGGUGCCGACAUGAAUGACAAUAUUCUCAUACCUAUCAUCAGUGCGUGAGCCAUGUGCCUUAGCUUGGGCCUUUGCCUUAGCCCUAGUGCUAGCCAGCACCCUAAGAUUACCUUCUAUGUCGGUAGCUCUGGCCCCAGGUACACAGUACACAGGUUAUCAAUUGUGAUUGGAGCGAACCUACAGGAGGGUGUUGCUCCAGGAGCAGGGUUGGAGGGAACUUACAGGAGGGUAGAUCUCCAGAAGCAGGGUUGGAGCGAACCUACAGGAGGGUAUCUCUCCAGCAGCAGGGUUGGAGUGAACCUACAGGAGGGUAUCUCUCCAGGAGCAGGGUUGGAGUGAACCUACAGGAGGGUAUCUCUCCAGGAGCAGGGUUGGAGUGAACCUACAGGAGGGUAUCUCUCCAGCAGCAGGGUUGGAGUGAGCCUACAGGAGGGUAUCUCUCCAGGAGCAGGGUUGGAGUGAACUUACAGGAGGGUAUCUCUCCAGUAGCAGGGUUGGAGUGAACCUACAGGAGGGUAGAUCUCUUGCGGUGUCGCUUGAUGUGUGUUCUUCCUCCCCCAGGCCUCCCCAGGCGAGGUCAAAGCAGAGAAGAAGUCAGACCAGCCUCCACAAGCUAAGAAGCCCAGAGUCAAAACAAAAGUCCUGGAGCUUCCAAUUGAAAACAGCCCCCAGUGGCAGCUUGCUGAAGACAUGCUCAAUCUGUUUGUAGAGAACGAGGUCGGUAACAACAGACCGGUUACCCCCCAUCUUCUCUCAACUUAUUUUCCCUGUGUUGUUGUCAGGGACAGAAGCAGGGUUUGUGGGUCUCUGAAGGAGAGGAACGACGCCAAGAACUACUUGGAGGAGUACGUGUACGAGAUGAGAGACAGGCUGCACGGGGCGCUGGAGAAAUAUGUCACUGAGGCUGAUCGAGAUGCAUUGUCAUUGAAACUGGAGGACACAGAGAACUGGCUGUAUGAAGAUGGAGAGGACCAGCCCAAACAGGUUUACAUCGACAAACUAUCUGAACUCAAGGGUCUGGGCCAGCCCAUCCAGGAACGCUACCAGGAGGCAGAGAAGAUACCCAGGGCGUUCAACGACAUGGGCAAACACAUCCAGCAGUACCUCAAGAUUAUUGAAGCGUAUAAAACCAAGGAGGAGCAGUACGAGUACCUGGAGGAGGCCGAGGUAAGCAGGGUGGACCGGCUGGUGAGCGAGGCCAUGGUCUGGAUGAACAGCAAGAUGAACCAGUAGAGCAAGCAGAGCCUCAUACUGGAGCCAGCAGUCAAGGUCAAGGAAAUUCAGGCCAAGACCAAGGAGCUGUUCUCUGCCUGCAGCCCGGUGCUGAGCCGGCCCAAGCUCAAGGUGGAGCUCCCCAAGGACGACAAGCCGGUGGGCGAGCAGAACGGCUCUGUUAACGGGCAGGGAGACGGAGCCCAGGGGAAACCCCCGCCACAGAUGGCAACCCUGCCUCAGAAACCACGGAAACCAAGCCUGACAUGGUCCUUGACUAGGCAGGCUACCCCCCACACCCCACCCAUCCCCCCUUCCAUCCUGUCUCUCCCCCCCCCCCCCCCCUUCGGAUCAAGACGCAGACCAUAGUUGUACCAGAGCUAGUGAAGUGUUCCAGUUGGCCUAAAUAUGGUUUAAAUACUGUACUCUGUUGUGUGCUCUCUAAACCUUUGGGUCAAUGUCACAAUUUGGUUUUAAUAAUCAGAAUCAGAAUGGGAUUUAUUCGCCAUGAAAAUUUGCACAGACAAGGAAUUUGCUUUGGCAGGAAGGUGCAUACAAUAAACAUAUACCUAAUUUUUUUUUUUAAAGUCACUGAAAAUCGGUAUUUGUUUAAUUUUUUACUUUAUUCCUU